GGCAUGCUUUGCAUCGGGAUAUUUUGAUCCGAAUACUAGAAUAAAUACACCCAUUGCCAACGUAAUGCAUGCAACGAGAAGCUUAACUACAGAUAUUCGCUAUGGCAGGGCCAGUAGAAGCACCACAUGACGAUAUUACUGCGGUUGAAGACCCCCAAGAACCUCGUAACAAGGGCAAGGAGAAAGCUGCGCGAUUCCUUGCCACUGUUGAUGAGAGCCAGCGAACAUUCACACCAGACGAAGAGAAAGCAGUCUUGAAACGUAUCGAUCGCCGACUGCUACCUCUACUUUUUGGUGCAUAUUUCUUUCAACAACUCGAUAAGUCCACACUGUCCUAUGUGUCCAUCUUCGAACUUGUGGAAGAUGCGAAUCUGCGUGGCCAGCAGUACUCAUGGCUAGGGUCCAUUCUUUAUCUGGCUCAGCUGGUUAUGCAGCCUGUCGCAGCACUUCUACUUGUUAAACUACCAACAGGAAAAUUAAUCGGUUCGGCCGUCUUCCUCUGGGGAAGUUCCUUGGUCAUCAUGGCAGCCUGCACCGACUUUGCUAGUUUACUUGGACUUAGGUUUACAUUGGGAGCAUUUGAAGCCAUGAUAGCUCCUUCAUGCGUGGCCGUCACCCAGAUGUGGUGGAGACGAGGCGAGCAGACGAUACGAACAGCGCUAUGGAACGCGAUGAACGGCGUGACAUUCGUCGUUGGAAGUCUAUUUACCUAUGGACUAGGCCAUAUCCAUAGUGACACAUUAUUCUCCUAUCAGAUUAUUUUCAUGUUUUGUGGCUUACUCACUGUCGCCUUUUCGACCGUUAUCCUCGUCUUCAUGCCCGACUCUCCCGUGGAAGCGAAAUGCCUCAAUCAUCGAGAAAAGGUGAUCGCAGUUGAACGUCUCCGCGCAAAUCAAAUGGGCAUUGUCUCGCGCGAGUGGCGAUGGGACCAUGUCUGGGAGACACUCUGUGAUAUGAAAACGUGGUGUUGGUUCUUCUUGAUUGUGGCAAUUUCGAUUCCAAGCGGUGGCAUUAGCACAUUCGGUAACCUGAUCAUCAAAUCUUUCGGAUAUGGCUCUUUUGAGACCAUUCUAUUCAACAUUCCCUUUGGUGUAAUACAGGUAGUAGCCAUCCUGGGCGGUGGCUGGCUGGCCACCCGAUUCCAACGAAAAGGGCUUGUUAUAGUCGGGUUUGCUCUGAUAGCUGCUGUUGGAACACUGUUGAUGAUUGUUGUCCCGCGGAAGCAAAAGGGUGUGCUUUUGUUUGGGUACUAUUUGGUAUCCUGCCUAGCAGCCAUCACUCCCUUAGUCUACGCCUGGGAAGCACAAAACACAGGCGGAGACACGAAACGGAAAUGUACCUCGGCGGUUGUACUCAUUGGAAUGUGUGCAGGGAAUGUCAUUGGGCCCCAACUAUAUUCCACAUCCCAGGCGCCCUUGUAUCGCCCGGGCCUGAUCUCCAACCUCAUCUUAUUUGUAACCGUGGCCGUCUUUGCAAUACUCACCAAUCUAUACCUCAUCUACCUGAAUCGGAAGCAUGCCCAGCAGAGACUAGACCUGGGUAAAUCCGCCCAGAUCCUCGACGAGUCUAUGUUGGGCAAGGAAAAGGCAGGCAAAACGGUCGAGCUGGAGGAUGUGAAUGCAGGCCCCCAGACAGAUCGAACCGAAGACAAGGGGUUUUCGGAUACGACGGAUCUGAAGAAUGAGGAUUUCAUAUACGUGUACUAAAGUGAGUUCACUCUCUGGUGACUACAAUAGCUGCU